AAAAUGUACACAAAUACUCAUCUCAACAAACACCAUCACACCAGCACCAACCAUCAUCUUCGUGGUUAAACGAUACUGUUAAUUUCCCUUAUCUCAAUGGAACAAGUAAACAUCCAUGUCACGAGCACGAAACGAACGCAUUUGAAAAAAUCUCACAACUCCUCAUUACAACAAUGGAGAAACGAUUCCAACAGUUAGUGAAACAAUUAAAAAAGGAAAUCAGAUCAACAAAUAAACAACAGCAACAACAAACCGCAGAGGAAUUUCCAUCAGCAUCAGAAGAAUAUGUGUUAGACGAUGAUGACCGUUCAUUGUCGGCAACUCUAAAGGCAAACAACGAUUCAUCUGCUACUGCUCCCUCCACUCAAAUCUCCACAUCGACAACCCCUUUUAAAACAAUGAUCUCAUCUUCAUCAACUGAAUUACCAAGUGAUUUGAUUGAUAAUUUGUUGAAUAGCAAUCCACUGCCCAAGGUAAGCAAAAGGCCAAAAACAAGUGAACGAGAACGAAAGCAGCAGAAAACCGCUCAUCAAACAACAGCCAAAAACACAAUUUUCAGACAAAAAAGGAGAUAGCUGCUCCCAGUUCCAUGAACGACUUUCUGGCGCAAACACUCCUAAGAUUCUAAUCUUCUCUUCGACCUUAACCUCGACAACGCAAACAAUUGGUAGCG